UCACGAUUAUUCCCGGAUGCCCGGAUUGGCCCGGAAAUGGCUAAUUAGGGUUGUUGUCGUGAAGUAGCUUUAGCACUUUGUUUACUAUUCUAUCUAUAUUGUUAGUGUUAUGUAAAGCUGGACUUCUAUUAAUUCGGGUAGUUCUUAUUUUCAAAAUUGCUUAUUCGCAACGGUGCCUAAAAUUCGGAUAGUGAAAAUUUGCAAGGGCAAAAAUGGCAACAACUGAACAAUUUUCACUAAGAUGGAACAACUUUCACUACAAUCUAAAGUCAGGAUUUCAUGGCCUUUUACAGCAGGCUGAGAUGGUUGAUGUCACUUUGGCCGUUGAUGGUCACUUUUUACAAGCACACAAAGUUGUCCUUUCAAUAUGUAGUCCGUAUUUCAAAGAAAUGUUUAUGAAAAAUCCAUGCAAGCAUCCUAUUGUGAUAUUAAAAGAUGUUGGACAUGAUAACAUGAAGUAUAUACUACAAUUUAUGUAUAUGGGAGAAGUCAGUAUUCUAAAAGACAAUUUGCCGUCGUUUUUGAGAACCGCCGAAGUGCUGCAAGUUAAGGGCUUGACGGGCGAGGAUUCAACUGAAGAUUCGGGUUCACAAAAAGAGCAGAAAGCAAGCAGUGAAAUUGACGAUGUCAACGAAAUGUACAAUCAAUUGAUUGAAACAACUACGGAUACCGAUAUUCCUCAAUUAUAUUUACAAAAAACCCCGCCACCGCCUCAGACUUCCCCACUACCAUUAAAUUUUCCUAAGAGGCAUGCCAAGUCUAUCUCGCCAAAUCGCUCCAAACGAUCAAAAUGUUCAGAGUCGUAUUCUAGCGAAUAUAGUGCCUCAAAGCCAGUAACAAAUGUCGAUUGUGAUACACCUAAAUCUAACACUGAAUACAAGAGCUGUGAUCUAACUACGACUCAAAGAGACAUAAAACCAGUCAUUGACGACAGCGAAGAAGCCAAAGAUUAUUCCAAAAACAGUGCGAAUAUAUGGAAAGGAAAUUUAUUGUAUGCAUCUGGUGCAGCACAGGAAGCUGGUGCGUCAAAUUGCUCAGAUCAAAACACUGCAGAUCAAGAUUCUUUUCUAUAUGCGAUUGAUGCUAAGGAACACGUUUUUUGCCCGCAUUGUUGCAGAAAAUUUGUCAACCGGUACAACCUGAAGGUCCAUAUUAGGGAUAAACAUGAGUCGAACUCCACAGAUCUGGACUGUCAAGUCUGUGGUAAAACUAUGAGGAAUCAGAGUUGUCUUCGAGUGCAUUUAUACCACCAUCGUAAGCAACAAACUGAAGGUACUGGCAUUGUUAUGUAACAAUAUUUGCGCGGCUAUUUAAACUCGUGUGCGUCCAUUCAGGCAAAAUAACGUAUGGUAUAUUUAUCUAAAAUUUAACUGAUAAAAAAAUUACUUCAACUUAGAACCAAUAAUAUAUUAAAACGUAUGUUUCUUGCUUCAACAGCCCCAGUUGUUGCAGUAUUUAUGACAUGAUAUUUUAAUAACUUUAUACUCUGGUUAUACUUUUAGUCUUUACAAUAUAAGAUUUUACUUGUCUCUUUCUUAGUGCAGCUAAAUUAUAUUCAUGUAUUUAAUUUACAAAUUUUACACUGACAAGGAACGUUUAGUGAUAUUUAUGAUAUUGUAAUUUGUAGUUUAUUAUUUCCUCAAAAUUAGUGAAUUUUAAGUUAACUUCUAAAAAGCAAAAUUUUAAUUUCAAUUAUUUUAAAACCAAAAUGAGUAUAAUUGGUACUCAAGACGUACUCAGAAUUUGGCUUAUUGUUGUACAUCUAAAAUUCAAUAUUCACGUCUAGACAAAAAAUCAAUUUAUUAACGACGUAAUAAGGGACCAAUAUCUGUAACUUAUUGACGCUUUUGACUAUUUAUUACAAGUAAACCUAAAAAGAACUCAAAUGUAAAAAACCGCUAGGAGAAUUAUAGUACAUAAUAUGGUACCUUUAUUUUAUUUAUUGUUUACUAUUUUUGCCGAUUUACAUUGUUAGUGCAUUUUAAAAAAGUUGUCUAUAUUUUUUAUUAGGCUAUUUCAGGUAUUGAUGAUCCAUAAAGGAUCUGAAGAUAUUUGCUAUAAAGGAACAAAAGCCAUUAACUAUCGUUGAUAUUUUAAUAAAUAAUUUUACUAUGCGUAGGUAAUCAAUUUUGGUGGUUUUCCAAGGUAUAUAAGGCGAUUCAGAAAUAUUGAUUGAAAAUGUAAAGGUGCACUUAAUUGGUGAAAAUAUCAAGGAUAUUUUUAUGAAUAUACACAGUUUAGGGUCUGAAUAAUUUGAGGAAUUCUUAUAAAUUGCUUUGAGAAAUGCGCUAAAUAUGUGUAUUGCUUGAAGUUUCUUUGGAUUUUGUUGGAAAAUUCUUUUAAAAAUCAAUUAUUUCUAUACUUGUUUGCUUUGUAUCAUUUUCGAGCAAAUAAAAUGUUGAAGCAAAAAUAACAUAAAAAUGACUGGUCUGAAAAAUGGGAAUUUACUAUAGUAGUUCGAAAGGAAGCUUGGAAGAGAUGGAGAAUUAAAAAUAAGUAUAUCAAGUUUCCCAUUGACCCAAGAAAUCUAGAAUUACAUGCCCGACCAAUAUUUACAAAUUAUCUUGUAUAGGUGUUAUAAUCAUUCAGGAGAAUCUUGAUAUUGAUAAAGAAAUAUCAAAAGAUGAUUCCUUGCUGAUUUAUACAGUGGUUCUUAUUAAUACUCAACCUAAAGCCUUGUUCUAUAAAAUAACCGCCAGAAAUUAAACAAAAAUAUAGUUUAUUUUGAUUGCAUGAAAAUUGUCUCUUAGGCUGUAAUUUGAUUUAAUACCAAUUUAGAAGCAGCUUGGUGCAAUGUCCAUAUACUAAUUAAAAGCACCUCACAUUGCAACGUAUUUGAGAUUAGAGCCUAAGUUUCUGAUAUUUUUUCUAUACUCGAAUAACGUGUAAUUCAAUGGUAAAUAGCUAAACUGAAUCUAGUGAUUUAAAAACAUUUAUAUUAAUCGAUUGGCUCAAUUUUAGAUAAUAAUUUAUACUUUGUGGUUGUAUAUAUUAUGUUAUAAUAUUUAUUUCAUUAUUAUUAUGUUUAUGUUAUAUUGCUCAGUUGUUAUCGUUUAUUAUUGGGACUGUUUUAUUAAAAAUGUGUAUUAAA